AAUAGGUAUUUUUUCUACAUGUUUAAAGGCACUUUAAAUAUAUAGUGAAAGCAUAAUAUGGUAUAUAAAAGUUACAAGCUUUUAUCGACUCGGCGCCACAAAUUUUCUCUAACCAUUCGGUCUUUCGUCCACCUGAUUGCGCCACUGAACGCGAAUUUGUUUCCAUUCAUGCUUCAGAGUUACGCGUGCUUCCGUAGAAGCAGUCGUGUCAGAUGGAGGGAUUUUUCGCGCGUGCGUAGUCGCGUAUGAGAGUCAGAUGACCUUUAGCAGCGUACAUAUGCUAUCCAGAUUUAUGGUAUCAUUAGGGCCCUUAUAAAAAAGCAAAAAUAUAGAAAGUAUCUUCUAUAGAAAAUUAAUAAAUUCUAUCAGUAUAUGUACAUAUAUAGCAUUAAUUUAUGUUCAAUAUAAAUUUGACGUAUUUUGUAUAUUAUUAAUAUGAGAAAAGAUACGUUAGAAAUCUAUGUGGAUAUAAAAGCGCCUCUACGUUGCGCGAAUACGAGUCCGUCGAGGCAGCACUUGGUCGCUGCCGUAGUACCUUAGUACGUUAUAUGUAUGGUUAGGUUGGGAAAAAUUCCUCCAACUGACAACAUCGAUUUACAAACUCGUUGCCAAAGCUUUUAAACAAGUGUUUGUACUUUUAUACUUUCACGCUGGCUAACUCUAAUAUCACGGAUAUGACGGAGGAGGAUGCGGCGGAUCUACAAUUUCCAAAAGACUGUUCACUGAGUCCGAGAGACAGGUUUGAGCAUGACAUAGAACUCGAGAUGUCAGUCCUGAAGGAUGAAAUUCUUACUUCAGACCCGACGUGCCACGUGUGCAGAUCGAUCCUUGUGGAGCCGUAUAUUCGUUGUGCCAUGUGCAACAACGUUGAGAUAUGUCCCCUUUGCUUCGCCAAAGGCUGUGAGAUCAAUGAACAUAAAAAUGAUCACGAUUACGUAAUUAUAAAAAACGAGUUUCCCUUGAUCGACGGCAGCGGUUGGACCGCUAAGCAGGAGCUCGAGUUGCUGGACGUCGUGCAGCAAUGCGGUUUCGGAAAUUGGAUCGAUGUAGGACGUAGGAUACAGGGAAAAUCCGCGGAGGAAUGUAAGAUGCAUUAUCUGCAACAUUACAUAAACAAUCAGACUCUACCGGGCCUGCCAAGGAUCAAGGAUACAAAAGCCAGCUUAUUCGCUUGCGAACCGAUCCCCUACCUAUACAAGUUGCAAGAUAUAGAGGAGCCGCCUAGAUUCGCCCUGAAUACGAUUAACGCGAAGCUAUUGGCCGGGUACAACGCGGCUAGGUCCGAUUUUGAGGUGAAUUUCGAUAAUCAUGCGGAAUCGUUGGUGGCCAAUCUCGAGUACGACGAGUUCCAAUCGAGCGACGACGCGUACGAAUUGUCGCAGGCUUUGCAGACGGCAAUAGUGCAGGCGUACAAUAACAGGUUAAAGGAGCGCGCGAGGAGACGGAGAAUCGUACGCGAUCAUGGACUGAUCAUCUUCCGCAAGGCUAUAUCAUGGACACAAAGAUACGAGAACACGAUAACGCGUUCGCUUGUAGAGAGACUGCUGAUAUUCAUGCAGCUCGUGGACGGAAUGGAAUUUGACUUUCUCAUAGAGGGUCUGCAUCGCGUUGGCGAGUUAAAGAAUCGGAUCAAUAGACUUCUGGAGUUUAGGGGAAACGGACUCAAACACUUUCAUAGUGUAUCCAUGUUUCAGAAAUUGAGCAAGAUAAGGCAGGAUAACGAGCGGGAGAGAAAACAGUACACGAGUAAUCCGGAAUACAGUUGGAGAAGUCUAUUACCCGACGCCGGUUGCAAUAGUCCGAUUCCCGGAAACAUGCAACGCAAGUCCGCGCCUCCUCUCACGAUAAAGGGUCUACCGGGAUAUGAGAAGUUGAGCACCGACGAGAGAGAGCUCUGCUCCAUCGCGAGAGUAGUGCCUGCCAGUUACUUAGACUUUAAGCAUCUUCUGAUAACGGAAAACAAGAAAAAUGGCUAUCUUAGAUUGGCGCAGGCCCGUAUUCUCCUGAAAAUCGAUGUGAACAAAACGCGAAAGAUAUAUGAUUUUUUGGUAGAAACUGGAUACAUCAAUAAACCGGUUCAAUGAUAUUUAUUUUUUUAGCAAACUGAUAUGAUGCAGAAAAUAUGUAGCACACGAUACGCAGAUACUGUGAUAUUAUGAAUUAAGUCAGAUAAUGUUCUCGCAUCAUUGUUUUAAGAAAGAUUUCGCAUUUUAGAAAAAAUAACUUUUUUUUAGAGAGUGUCCAAGUUUUAUACGCAUAUUUAUAAUGUUUUUUUAUUUUCUUUAAAGAAAUUGGAAUUAUAUAAUUGCUAUUAUUUUAUUAUAAAAAUUAAUCAGUAAUCGAGGUUAUUUAGCAAUCAAUCAGGUAGUAAUUGACAAUAGAUUGCAAUAAUAGAAUUAAAAUAUUUCUUUUUAAAAGUUUUGACUAAAAUUUGUGAAUAUUAGUGAUCGUAAUAAGUAGAUGUCGAUAAUAUGAAAGCUUUUAAUGACUAUGUUUAAUUAGCGAAAGUGUUAUACUUUAUAUUUUUUUAAUUAUUUUUAAUCAAGAAAUAAAAUGUCUCUAGCAAUGCGAGGUAGUUUAAUUAUUAUGUACAUACUUUUCAUAUUUAUUUAUAUUACUUCUCAUAUUAUUUAUUAAGUCAUUAAUGUUUGCUAAAAAGCUUCUAAAUUUGUACAACUUUGGGAAAGGAAUGGCGAAUUAUCACACAUCAAUUCUAUUAUAUGAUAAAAUAUUUGUCAUUAAUUAAACGUUAAGAUGAUAAAUUCCCCUUCGCAGAAUUCGAAAAUGCGGAGACAUUGUUGAUAUCGGAAGUUUAUAUGCUAUUAGAGCAUAGAAAGGCUCAAAAUGAAUCGGCGGAAGAAGAGCAAGAAUUUUCCGAGGUUUUUAUGAAGAGCUUGACAUACACUAAUCGAUUCGGAAAGUUAAAAAAUAAGGAGACAAUUGCAGCCGUUAGAAG